CCUUCUUUCAGCAUUUCAUUGCAUUUCAAAUAAAAAAUAAUUUUAGGGCAAAUCCACAUUUGAUUGCCUCGUGGCCUCGUUGCAUUUCGUAUUGUAUUGCAUCAUUACCAUUUAUUUAAGUGCAUUUCUAGUGUCUUACUUUGUUAUGUACCUAGUGUUUUAGAGAUUAGUUGAAAAAGGAUUCGAGAUAAUUAAUUUAUUUAUAUUUAUUUUAUUAAAAUGGCUGCGAGACAAGCAUUAGAAAAUCAAAUUAAGCAGCAAGGAGAUUUAGUCAGGAAGUUGAAAGCUGCGAAAGAAAGUAAAGAAAAGGUUGUAAAUGGAAAUUUGUCUAGUGUAUAUCAAACAAUUAUUGAACGAUCCUGUGAAUUCAUAAAUGAUUAUUUGUCAACACGCAGUUACGUUUGUGGAUAUAUUCCUACGAGUGCUGACAAGAUCUUAUUCAAUACAUUUUCUAAGCACAAUGUCAGCGAUUUCGUUCACAUCCUGAGAUGGUUCAAACACAUAGAAAGCUAUUCUGUUAACGAGCGAAAUAACUUUCCCCAGUAUGACUAUGAUAACUUACGAACUUUAAUAACUUAUUAUUUAGAUAUGCAGAUAUCAGAAGAAGUUUCAAAGCUCUUGGAGCUGAAAUCUCAGUUAAAUAAUUCAUCAGAACCAUCUGCAAAUAAUGUACCAGUUAAUCAAAAAUUUACUCUCAAAACCGCAAAGGGUACCAGGGACUUUUCACCUGAGCAAAUGGCUCUCAGGCAAGGGGUGUUACAGAAAAUUGUGUCGGUAUUUAAAAGACACGGUGCUGAGACCAUCGAUACUCCCGUUUUUGAAUUGAAGGAAGUUUUAACUGGAAAGUAUGGUGAAGAUUCGAAAUUGAUUUACGAUUUGAAAGAUCAAGGAGGAGAAAUCCUUUCUCUCCGUUAUGACUUAACGGUACCUUUCGCCAGAUAUCUGGCGAUGAAUAAAAUCACGAACAUCAAACGUUAUCACAUAGCCAAAGUGUACAGGAGAGACAAUCCAUCCAUAUCCAAGGGAAGAUACAGGGAGUUUUAUCAAUGUGAUUUCGAUAUAGCCGGAGCGUAUGACCUUAUGAUACCGGAUGCCGAGUGCGUCAGAAUCGUCUACGAAAUCCUAACUGUUCUCAAAAUGACGCCUUUCGUCAUCAAACUGAACCACCGCAAGUUACUCGAUGGCAUGUUUGAGGCUUGCGGUGUACCCAAAGACAGUUUCCGAGCCAUCUGUUCUGCGGUCGAUAAGCUAGAUAAGUCGCCCUGGGAGGAGGUUCGGAAGGAGAUGAUCGAAGAGAAAGGUUUAUCGGAGAAAACCGCUGACCAAAUAGGAGAGUAUGUUAGGCUCAACGGUAAUUCGGAGCUGGUCGACAAGCUGAUGAAAGACAGUAAACUUUCUGGUAAUAAAUCGGCUGUGGAAGGGCUCGAGGCGAUGAAGCUUUUGUUGAAUUACUGUAACAUUUAUGGAACUACGGAUAAGAUCCUGUUCGAUUUGAGUCUGGCUCGAGGGCUUGAUUAUUACACUGGUGUCAUUUACGAAGCGGUGUUGUUGGGAGAUGAAGCGGCCGGUGAUGAAAUCCUAGUGGGUUCCGUGGCAGGCGGCGGCCGCUACGAUAAUUUGGUUGGCAUGUUCGACCCUAAAAACAAACAAGUACCCUGCGUAGGCGUAUCGAUCGGGGUGGAACGGUUGUUCGCGGUCAUGGAAGCGAAAUUGGCGUCGCACAACAAGAAGACCCGCACCACGGAGGUCGAAGUGUACGUCGCCACAGCACAGAAGAAUCUGUUGGAGGAGAGGAUGAAAUUGUGUAACGAAUUGUGGAAUGAAGGAUGGAAGGUGGAGCACUCGUACAAGAAAAAUCCAAAACUCCUUGUUCAGUUGCAACACUGUGAAGAGUACGGGAUUCCCCUCGCAGUCAUUCUGGGUGAAUCCGAGUUGCAGAGAGGUGUCGUAAAACUUAGAGUGGUGCCCACUAGGGAGGAAGUCGAGGUGUCUCGCACUUCCUUGUCCGAUGAGAUUAGGAGACGGCUGCAAAGCCUUUGCAUUAAUGGGUCUUCAUGAUAGUACUUACGUUAGAUUCUAUACCAAAUUGUGUGACAAGUAUUAAUAUUUUAUGAAUGUACAGUGUAAAUCAUAUGCAAGAAUAAUGGACUUAAAUUGUAAAAGAAAAAAUUGAGUAAUAUCCGAAAA